AUGUGGACGGGUGAAUAUUCUCUUUUAACAGUUUCUCUAUUAUAUACAAUAUUUUCUCGAGGAGAUACAAAUCGUGAUAUUUCAUGCACAGAUUCAUUAAUAUGUAGUGAACAUCAUCGUUUAUUGUGGUUUCGAUUGCGUAAACAUGUAAAUAAUAUUCUACAAUUUAUGCAUCAUAAACGAUAUAAACAUAAAGUGAUAUCAAUGAAAGGUUUUAUGAGUGAUGGACAGAGUGACCGAUGGCCUAUACGAUGUUUAUGGAAUGGAAAUGCUAUUAAUGGUACAUGUGCACCCGGACCACCGAGCAAUCAACCAGUUUUUUAUAUUAAAUCCAAUGAAUGGCGACAAAAAGUGAAGGAAUUUCGCAUUAAAAUUGGUUGUAAUAGUUCGGAUAUAGAAAAUGCAAAUAAAUUGGAUGAAUUGUAUGUAUGCAAGGAACGUUGUAUUCAAGCUGGAAUUGGUUAUAUUUCAUCGAUAUUCAUUAUGACAACAUUGUUUAUCUCUUUCACACUUUUGCUGAUGAAGUGA